AUGGACAACAGGUUCCGGAAUCUGGGUUUCACUGCUGAUUAUCCAUCAAAUGCAUUCAAGAUUUUGGGCAGUUCGGUGCCUGCUGGAGGAGUUGGAGGAGCUGGCACUAAAUUCAGUGCUGAUACUGUCUUGCGCCUCGAUUCCAUAGGAUCUUCAAUCCCCUAUGGGUCUCCCUUGAAGGGAAUUAAGCGGAAGUGGAAUUUGAUUGAUGGAUCAAUGGGCCAAAAUAUUGGUUCUUCACUAUCUCUUGGGCUUCGCCGCUCCUCAAGUUCUUCAGACAGUAAGGGGAGUUCAGCAACUGCUUGCACAACAAUGUCUUCAGCCAAAGAAACUGAUGAAGAGUCCUCAAUGGAUCUUGAAUUGGACUUCUCUCUCCAUCUUGGCAAUGAGAAGAUGUUGAGCCCAAAGAAGCCUGCUGGUUCAAAUCUCAAAAGAAUGGAAUUUCAGCCCAAGGUUGACUUGGAGUUGAGUCUCAUCACCGGUCCUUCUGAAUCUGAUAUUACUAGCAUCCAUCCACACUCUAGUUCACUUGAAUUUGGCAUGGACAUGCCGUUGGCAAUGGGUGGAGCAUCAAAUGUGGAUGAAGGAUCGACAUCAUGUAGCUGGAAAUCAGAGAUCACAUUGCUUCCAUUGCAGAUUUCCCAGAACAAAGAGGCUAGCUUCUUCUUCAACCAGAUUCCAAGAACUAGGGAUCCUACUAGUUUUCCAGACCACUCAUCUAGUGUGAUAACGCCAAAAAGUUCAGUCACCUGUACUUCUGGGAUAACACAGCAGCAACAACCAUAUCAACGCAGCAUUAGCUCGAAGUUAUGUCAGGUUGAGGGAUGUGGAAAGGGUGCCAGAGGUGCUUCUGGCCGUUGUAUUUCACAUGGUGGAGGUCGAAGGUGUCAGAGAGCAGGCUGCCACAAGGGAGCUGAGGGCCGAACAGUGUACUGCAAGGCCCAUGGGGGUGGUCGCCGCUGUGAAUUCCUUGGUUGCACAAAGAGUGCAGAAGGUCGUACAGAUUUUUGUAUUGCUCAUGGUGGUGGCCGGAGAUGCAGUCGUGAGGGUUGCUCUCGAGCUGCUAGAGGGAAAUCUGGUUUGUGCAUCCGACAUGGUGGUGGUAAGAGAUGCCAGAAAGAAAACUGCACAAAGAGUGCAGAAGGCCUCUCUGGUCUUUGCAUUUCGCAUGGAGGUGGUCGUCGAUGCCAAUUCUUAGGAUGCACAAAAGGGGCGCAAGGUAGCACUAUGUUCUGUAAGGCACAUGGUGGGGGAAAACGCUGCACAACUCCAGGAUGCACCAAGGGCGCUGAAGGGAGCACACCGUUUUGUAAAGGCCAUGGAGGAGGAAAAAGGUGUGCCUUCCAAGGUGGUGGGGUUUGUUCUAAGAGUGUACAUGGAGGGACCAACUUCUGUGUCGCUCAUGGGGGUGGAAAGAGGUGUGCUGUAACUGAGUGCACAAAGAGCGCUAGAGGACGGACAGAUUUUUGUGUCCGUCAUGGUGGUGGAAAAAGGUGCAAGUUUGAAGGAUGUGGCAAAAGUGCACAAGGCAGCACUGAUUUCUGUAAGGCCCAUGGUGGAGGGAAGAGAUGCUCUUGGGGUCAUCCUGGGUCAGAAUAUGGUAACCAACCUACUGCUCCUUGCAACUCAUUUGCAAGGGGUAAGACAGGUCUCUGUGCACUUCACAGUGGCUUGGUGCAAGACAAGAGGGUUCAUGGUGGUGUCACCUUGGGACCUAUGGUCCUUGACCCCAAGAUUAGCCUGUCCGAGAAGAUGAAAGAAGUUGCCACUGCUGAGGACAUGACUGUUGAUAUUGUGAAGAUGGGUACUAGUGCAGGGGUUUCAACAGGUGGAACCACUUCUGAUUUGAAACAUUUUGGAGUGUCAAAUGCUCAUCUCUCCGUCAGUGAAGCAGGUCUCUCGUCAAUGCCAGCUUUUAUAUCAGAAGGCAGGGUGCAUGGUGGCAGUUUGAUGGCAAUGCUUGCUGGUGGUUCUGGUGUUGGCUCAAGCAGCAACCAAGUUGUAGCUGGAGAUCCAUCCGAGCCAAGAAAAUCACUUAUGGUGCCUCAGAACUGGAUGUAA